GAUUUGAGACCUACCCUGUGUGUGUCUCUGUGUGUGUGUGUGUGAGAUGAUCACUUCCUCAGAAAAAGAGAGAGAGAGAGAGAGUGAGACAGACACUGUUGGCACAUUUAGGUCCAGAGUAAAGGCUGAUCAUGACAGGUUUCUGAUGCACGGCCCGGAUCACCGGACACACGGCACCGCCCGGAUCCGACGGUUAAGCCUGCGGUAAUCGCGGGAAGGAAGGACGGACGGACGGACGGCGUUAAAAGGGGGGGUAAAACAAGACCCAGCAGGGGUGGAGGAGUUAAGGCGACAGAGAAAGAGCGAGUGAGAGCGAGGAGACCAUGCGAGAAUACAAAGUGGUCGUGCUCGGCUCCGGCGGCGUGGGCAAAUCCGCCCUGACCGUCCAGUUCGUCACGGGCUCCUUCAUCGAGAAGUACGACCCGACGAUAGAGGACUUCUACCGCAAGGAGAUCGAGGUGGACUCGUCGCCGUCGGUGCUCGAGAUCCUGGACACGGCCGGCACGGAGCAGUUCGCCUCCAUGCGCGACUUGUACAUCAAGAACGGCCAGGGCUUCAUCCUGGUCUACAGCCUGGUCAACCAGCAGAGCUUCCAGGACAUCAAACCCAUGCGAGACCAGAUCAUCCGGGUCAAGCGCUACGAGCGGGUUCCCAUGAUCCUCGUGGGCAACAAGGUGGAUCUCGAGGGCGAGCGGGAGGUGUCCUCAGGAGAGGGUAAAGCCCUGGCUGAUGAGUGGAACUGCCCCUUCAUGGAGACCUCGGCCAAAAAUAAAGGCUCGGUGGACGAGCUGUUCGCAGAGAUCGUGCGCCAGAUGAACUACGCCGCGACGCCCAACGGGGACGAGCAGUGCUGCUCCUCCUGUGUCAUUCUCUAAAACACACCAUUCGGAUUUGUUGUCUUUAGUUGUUUUUGUUUUCCCCCUCACUUUUGCAGUCGCAACCCCUGUAAGCGCGCGCGACUCGGUAAAUAACGUGACUCAACGGGAGGUUUGAGCAACAAACAAACAAACAAACAAACAAACAAAGCGCGAAUUUAUCUCUCUAUCUCUCUAAAGAAUCCCUUUCUGGUGUUAAAUGUCAUCAGUAUUUUUUUUAAGUGUCCUAAAUUGUCUUGCACAUGCGUAAUACGAGAGAGAAAGAGAGAAGGGGAAAAGUGCAUCAGUGUUUACAAUGACAGAAUACUUGAAUGUUCUGGGAUUGACAAACCAACCCAGGGUUGUUUUUGUUAUCUUUUUCUUUCUUUGUUUUUUUUUUUAACGUUGUCUCCCUGGUGCCUAGUUUAUGUGGGUUAUUCUUUUGUUUUUUUUUAGAACCCAAACUGAUUAGUAAAACUUUUUUUGGGGGGUUGUUGUUUUGCCAGGAUUUAGUAAUCCCAUCCUUGGCCUGCUUUUGCAGUAUCACUACCGGUUUUUUUUUUAAAAAUUUUUUUUGGAAACGCGGAUCACACUUAUUGGUAACUAGUGGCGUCUGGUAACUAUGGAAACUGAACGACGUCUUCGAGCCGGAAGUAGUUUUUUUUGUUUGUUUUUUUUUGCGGUUUUUUUUUUCUUUUAAAAAUGUGAUGUCCGGGGUCUCGCGAGGAUGAUGAUAAGUAAGUAAAUAAAUAAAUACGGACUUCACUUCAACUUUAGGAAGCCAAAUUGCGCAAUGGAGGAUUACGUUUUGCUGCACGCGACGACUCGAAGGAUCUGCAAAAAAAAAAAACAACAACAAACAAACAAACAAACAAACAAACAAACAAACCAUUGGGAUUCUUUUCGUGUUGUAUUUUAUUUAAUAAAAAAAAAGAAAGAAAAGAAGAGUCGACGGAAGUUGUCACAAUUCACAGCGACUUUUGUUGGUGUUUUGUUUUGUUUUUGUUUUUUUUUUCUUUGACUCAGCGUGCGCGAGGACCUUACUGUGGUGACGUAAGGACGUCGUGAUGACGCCGUGCGUCGAGUGCCUUCCAUUUUUAGUGCCAACCUGAGAAGGUCUGAGGAAGUUUAAUGGCAAAGUACUUAAACUGUUACACUUUAAAAACAACAAAAAAAGGGGUUAUAAAGUGUUUAUAACGCCUCAUGUCAAAGGAGUCACGUUCUUUUGGCUCACAAUUUGGCCUUUCGUUAUUGUUUUUAUUUUGUUUGUUAUUUUUUGUUUUGUUUUUUUUUAGUUCCAUUUUCUUCAAAGCUGGUCUAUUUUUUUGGCCAAAUAGGGUUUAAACAAUGACAGGUACUGCGGCUCUUGGAGCUCUCUGACUUACAACCAUAAUCCACUUCCUCUAGACCAGUGUUUUUGUUUUGGUUCAUUGUUUUAUUUUUAAUAUAUAUUUUUUUUUAACAACAAAAAAAUGUGAUGUAUCAUUUGAAAUUCUAAUCCGAUUGUACGUUUAAAAUGCAGACCGGCUUUUUAACGGCUGUUCUGAAUGUUUAAAAAAAGGAAAAAAAAAAGACUUUUAAUACAAAUUGCAUUUUUAAAAAAUA